CUUUCAUCCCCAAGAAGGAAGGAAACUUCAUUCCAAUCUAAAGUUCAAGUCUCUAGGGCUCUGAUUGGUGGGCCUGCAUAGCCUCACUGCUGCCUGCCUACCUCCACCCGACGCACUUUGAACAGUUACAUCUCCCAUAUGCAUACUCCAAUGCAUACAUCCCUCAUAGUUCUAAAUUUCAUUCAUCUCAGAGUCAUUACUUGAGUCUCAGGACCACAAUCCACUUUUCAGAUCGUUGUUUGACCUUGCCUUGGCUCCGCUUUCCUGUUCCAAAAACCCACCGCGUCGCACUAUGUCAGCCUCAUCACCACGAAAGGUCAAUCAUUACCAGUUCUACAACGAAUGGAAAGGCCAUCGUGUAGAACAUCUGGAAAGAUGUCAUUCCAUUAUCCGGAGUCUCCAUCCGGACAAACCUAUCGUCUACCUCGCCGGCGACUCCUCCCUGGACAACAAGUACUGGGUUCCAUCGUCAGGGCCUGGCGGCGAGCCUCUUCCAGUCGCAGUCCCGGAUAUAUACUACAAUAUUCUAAGCGCUCCUCGAACAAAGCCAGACAUUGCCUUCUGGUUGAAUCAUUUCCUCGGCGAGCGAGCAACAGCCCUGAACACCUCGAUUGAAGAAUCCAUGCUCUCAGAUCGGGAUUCUGACCUUCUUCCACAAGACGCGUUCAUUCGUGACAAAAUCGGUCCUAAUGAUGUUCUCAUUGUCUCUAUCGGCGCCAACGAUAUUGCUCUGCGUCCCACAUUUUCGACAAUCCGUCAUAUGCUCCAACUCGCCUGGCUAACGCGGCGCGCUUCCAUCGAGAGCGGAGGUGGAUCCUCCCUAGCGUACUUCCAAGAGCUGUUCGGUAAAAAGAUAGAAUCCUACAUUGCCACCCUCUGCUCCAAGACCAAGCCCCGACUUGUAAUCGUCUGCAUGAUAUACUUUCCCCUGGAACACUCAGCGGGACCGCAGGAAAGCUGGGCGGAGUGGCAGUUGAAGGCUCUAGGGUACAACAGCUAUCCAAAUCAACUGCAGACGGCAAUUAGGAAGAUUUAUGAAAUUGCGACAGAGAAGAUUAAAGUCGCAGGAACGGAGGUAGUGCCCCUCAAGUUAUAUGAAAUACUAGAUGGCAAGACUAGCGGAGACUAUGUGGCCAGGGUUGAACCGAGUGCUGAAGGCGGAAGAAAGAUGAGUGAAGCGUUUGUGAUGACUCUUGAGUCCAAAGAUGUGAUCGAGAGAUCAAGUGAUUGAACUAGUGGAUGCUGGGCAGUUGGUG